AUGAAUGGCGAUGGAAUGGAUAUAUUGUCUCGUAAACCAAAUUUUACUCAAAGCCACGAUGAACAAUUUGCAUUUGGUGAUACCAUGUUAUCGGAGGGAUGCGCAUGUUUCUCUUAUCUGAUUUUUGUUUGUCAUAUUUGUACUGACUCCAUCCCAUGGAUUUAUAGCUACCAAUAUCGCCUAUAUUUCAACCUCCGUCAUGUUGAAGUCUUCUUGAAAAGUUCGAUGGCCAAUGUCAUAGAUAAAGGAUUGGAACUGUACAAAUUCCUCUUGAAUAAUAUCCCUUCAUCAACUUUACCAGCUGAACUUACAUCGUCACGAAUCUUCAGAAAUAAUGCUCAGAAUUUAUUAUCAAUCAUGUCCCAUUAUCAACAAGAAGCAAUAAGGAAAAAGUCUUACAAUGUUUUUCAAAGCAAAAUUGACAAGUGUCAAGGAAGGGGAAAAUAUCUAUUGAUAAAGUACUUACUAACACAAAACGAUCAUCCUGGCAUUAUAGAGUUGCUGACGUUGAAACUGAAAGAUGGAGUUACUAGUGCACUUAAUGAUUCAGAAGUUCGUUUUGCUGGAAAACAUGAACUACUUGAAACUAUUAAAGUUAUCCUUCAAAUUAAAGAUGACGUAGAUAUCGUAAAUGAAGCAAAUCGAUUUCUGGCUGGAUUAAAUUUUGUUAAAUUCUUAUUAUUACGUGAUAACGUACAAGAUAACAAGACGGGGAUAUGGGGUGAUGUUACAGAUUUUAAAUGUCAUAUAUUGGAACCGCUAAGAAAAGAAUUGAGGAAUAGUCACACUAGGCUCGAAAUAGACUUGCAAUCUUUGCAAAAGAGCAAGCAAGGUAAUUCCGACAGUAUGAUGAUGAAUAGAAAUGAUUUAAUAUCCCAUUUGCCUUUUCAAGAUCAAAUUCAAAUAAUGUACUCCAAGAGAAACAAUUGUGAAAGUAUAAUACCCGUCCAGAUUGAGGAAAGCUCGCGCACUAGUUGUGCUACAUGUACAUUGUACACUGGCAAUUAA